AAGCAGUGGUAUCCACGCAGAGUGCUGCUGUUGUUUUCUGUGUUAUGGUGUUGUGUGCUUUUCUUCAGUGGUCGGUCUGUCUAUUUGAAACAGCGAACGGAGACGAAAAAGCGGGUCUCAGCUGCUGAUAUUUUCGUGACGCAGUCGAAAACCUCGAAUUCCACCCUGGUUGCAGGACUAUGUCCCGUUGAGCAGUAGUCUCCUUGCACGGUUUCGAAAAAUGAGCGUUGCCAAAUCAGAGAGCCUUUCGAAUUCGGAGAUCAACGUUUUUGAUCUUAACCUGCCUUCAUACACAUAUAAGUGUCAGGUGUGUCCGUUUUUCGCGAGCGACCAAAAUACGGUCUCAAAUCACUAUCAGGCAGCCCACUGCCAGCCGACAUCGACACGGAUCAUUUCAGUGGGCCCCGUUGAGUGUAAACCUGAUCUACUUCAUUGUAAUCAGUGUAAUUACACGACUCAGAAGAAGGGGAAUCUGAACGCGCACGUAAAUCAGAUGCACGUCGCUGAUCAACGGCCAUAUCCAUGUCCUCAUUGCGAUUACCGUGCUAAGACCGAGCGACACCUGCACGCGCACAUUCCAACCCACGGCGGUGAAACUCCUCCUUACAAAUGUAAUUUCUGCCCCUACGAGACCACUGAUCGGUCGGAGCUCGUCCGACACAAACAAGACAUCCAUGAAAGCGACAAAGUGUUCAGCUGUGAACAGUGCACAUACAAGGCGCGUACCAGCGAUUACCUCGCUAAACACAAGGUUACCCAGCACACGCCUCUGGACGAACGUCAAUUUCAAUGCGCCCAUUGUAGCAAACGCUUCGCCAUCGAAUCGCUAUUGAGGCGACAUUUGAAAAAGCACCUCGACAACACUCGUCACAACUGUCCACACUGCGGAAAUGCCUUCAAAGACAUCCGUAGACAUCGGUCACGUUGCGCCAAGGCUCCUGAAAAGGACCUCACCAAACCUAAGGAGCCCAAAGAACCCGCGAAAAGCAGACAGCAGCGCAAGCAAGAAGCCGCAGCCGCGAUCGCUAAUGUCGGCGCGAACGAAGUCGUCGUUCCGCAGAUAGUCCAAAUGCCAUCCAUAGACUUGAGCAGUGUACUUUCUCUGCAGGGCAGUCUCAAAGGCGUUAACCUCAAUUCGAUGAUAUCCAUGAAUCAAUCUCAACUGCUACUUGGAUCGCCACUCGUUUCGACGGUUAGAGUGCUUCCGGUCGAUAUCGAUGGGGUCAGCGUGCAAAGCACGUAAAAUCCCUUUGUAAUAGUUACAUUUCGAUGAUGAGUGGUAAUCCAUGUAACAGGGGCCGACUCGAUUCUGGAUUAUCGAUACACAUACUACAUUAAGAGAGCUGCUGAGAAAGCGGAUGAAGAAUGCCCGACGAGAAAGGAACUACACCAGUCUUACUCACGCCCAUAUCCAUCGUUAUUGAGUUUAUCCCCAUGUAUCCUCCGCAUGAUCUUCUCCCGCUUCCGUUUACGUCGCCGUAGGCAGGAGCACCAUGACCCGAUUAAUUUCGCUUCUCUCCACUCUGCAUCCCCGUCCCUGCUAUCAUCCAAAUCCAUGAUUGCGAAUUGGCACGUGUCAAGCGAAAUAAUAAUGUGAGAUCUUUUCGACUAAGUUGUUGGUUCGGCUUCUUCCUUGGUUUUCGCCAGAUGUCAACUCUACUACGACUACUAGAUUUACUAGCACUACUACUGCUACUACGACAAAUACUACUACAUCAACGACAACGACUACUAUAAUCAUUACUAGACCAUUACCACUUGGUUUGACAGAUAUAUCACUAUUAUUUUACAAAAACAUCACCCCGCUCGAUUUUAUUGCGAUUAUCGUUCUUUUUGUCAUCUCAUUUAUCUUAUCCGCAUUAUCCAUCGAAAACAGCCAUUGCUUCUGGAAGUGUAUACCGUUACUUGCAUUUAUUAUCGCUACUAUAACCGCUAUAUGGGUCCGCUACCGCAUUUUCGAUGUGGCUAAGUCCAGUAGUCGAUACCGAUCGUUAUCGUCAUUGUUAUUGUCAUUGCGCGUUUUCUCACUCGCUGAGGACCAUAAUUUUCCUUCGCUCGGAGCUCCCAUCCUUCCUCGCCUUUAACUUCCUUGGUUAUCCCAGUCAUUCCCAUCAUCCUCACAAUCAUGUUCACCGUUUCUCCUGCGAUACCCUGUUCGCUGUCACCAAAGCGAGCUAUUUCGUCGCAUCGAGUUGAGCUUCGCUGCCGAUCUGACUUUUCUCGUUCACCUCAAGAGGCAAAGUCAUCAUGGACGAUUAGAAUAAACGGGAAAAUUAUAUUUCACGCAUAAGGGAGAACAACGGACCCCUGUGUAGUUUCAAGAACAGAGAUUUCAACGAUUACGAUAUCUAGUUAUAAUUGGUUUAGCUGUGUAAAUAAGGUAGCUGCUGCUAAGUUCUCUACCCAACGCAACCAGCCGAACUUGCAGAGAGAACGAAUCAUGAGAGCGACCGAUUGACAUCCAUCACCUGAUUCUCGCGCCACCCGACCACAAUCCCUUCCCAUCUCUUCAUUAAGAUUCUUGAUCGGAUCGAUGCCUUCUGACGGUAAUUGUACAAUAUUCUAUGUAUAAAGUAGGAAGACUGUGGCAAUAAAUAUCUAUAUUUAAAAAUUGAACG